AUGUCCGAGCGAAUGGGCUCACCGCCUACUGUUGAGGACCAAGGGCGUCUUCUUGAAGAUGCCUUGCUGGUGGUGCGCCAACAGACACACAUGAUGCGAAAAUGUCUGGAGACUCCAGGCAAGCUCAUGGAUGCAUUGAAAUGCAGUUCUACCCUGGUUGCAGAACUUCGGACGUCCUCCCUAGGCCCCAAACAAUACUACGAACUCUACAUGGCUGUGUUCGAUGCACUCCGGCACUUGUCUGCAUUCCUCCGCGAAGCUCAUCCAGUGAACCACUUAGCGGAUCUUUAUGAGCUUGUACAGUAUGCAGGCAACAUCAUACCUAGGCUAUACCUCAUGGUAACUGUUGGGACUGUCUAUAUGAGUAUCGAAGAUGCACCCGUGAAGGAAAUCAUGAAAGACAUGAUGGAAAUGAGCAGAGGUGUACAGCACCCGGUCCGGGGGCUCUUCCUGCGCUACUACCUCAGCGGGCAAGCAAGAGAUUCGUUGCCCACAGGAGAAGGAGAUGGCACAGAGGGGAAUCUGCAGGACUCGAUCAGCUUCAUUUUAACGAAUUUUGUGGAGAUGAAUAAAUUAUGGGUCAGAUUACAACACCAGGGCCACUCAAGAGAAAGAGAGCAAAGGACGAAAGAGCGACAAGAGCUACAAUUACUAGUAGGAAGUAAUCUAGUACGAUUGAGCCAAUUAGUAGACCUGGAGACGUAUAAGACGGUCAUCUUACAACCCAUACUACAGCAGGUAGUAGCUUGUAGGGAUGUGCUAGCACAAGAAUAUCUCUUAGAAGUCAUCACGCAAGUCUUUCCAGAUGAAUUUCAUCUCAUCACCCUUGAUCAGCUACUUGGCGCCAUCGCCCAACUCAACCCACACGUAAAUAUCAAAGCCAUUGUCAUUGGACUCAUGGACCGAUUAUCUGCUUACGCAGCCCGAGAGGCUGAGUCGGAAACACCAGAAGAUCGAGAAGAAAGAAGCCGAAGCAAAAGAGGGGAUUUGGUGAACAAGCAGCCAAAUGGGGAGAACGUCAACGGAUCCAAUCCCUCUGAGCCAUCUCAAGACCAGCAAGCUCAGCAGGAAGAGGCUGGACCAUCAAAUGGUAUUGGAGCCGAUGAAAAAGGUGGCUCAAGGAAAAGAGGUAUACCAGAAAAUGUCAAGCUUUACGAAAUAUUCUACGAUCAAGUAAUUCAUCUUGUCAACGCGCAAAGGUUACAUAUCCAAGACACAAUUGCACUUCUUGUAUCAUUAACAAAUCUUGCUCUUAAUAUAUACCCCGAACGAUUAGAAUAUGUUGAUCAAGUCCUUGCAUAUGCUAAUAAAAAGGUCGUUGAAUAUACCAAUAGCGCCGACUUACACUCUCAAAAUACUCAGCAGAACAUCCUCGCUCUUCUACACGCGCCCAUUAAAGCCUACUUUUCUUUAUUCACCGCUCUAGCCUUACCUAACUUUGUUCCAUUACUUCAUGCACAAACUUAUAGCACUCGAAGAGCAGUUGCUGGUGAGGUUGCCAAGAGUGUACUCCGAAAUCGAACUCAGAUAACCACCCCUGAGAACCUUGACGGCAUUCUUGAGAUCCUGAGAGUCUUGAUUAGGGAGGGCAUGCAACAACCAGCUGGCUAUCCCGGCGUGCCUACGCAACGGCGAGGUGCCGAGACCGACGAGACAGUCGUAGAGCAAGGAUGGGUUGCGCGGAUAGUCCACCUCAUCCAAUCCCCUAAUAACGACACCCAAUUUCAACUUCUUCAAACCACACGUAGAGCCUUCUCCGACGGCAACGAGCGAAUCAAAUACACCACACCCGUCCUCAUCACCUCUUCAAUCAAACUGGCUCGCAAGUAUAAAGCCCGAGAACACUUUGACGACAACUGGUCUUCCCAAUCCUCCGCCCUGUAUAAAUUCAUGCACUCUCUGAUCUCCGGCCUCUACACGCGCAAUGGUGCCGCAGACCUCUGUCUCCGGCUCUUUAUUUCCUGUGGUCAGGUAGCCGAUCAAGGUGGCCUCGAAGAAGUGGCUUACGAGUUCUUCGCGCAAGCUUUCACAAUCUACGAAGAAUCGAUAUCAGAUUCAAGGGCUCAAUUUCAAGCUGUGUGCGUCGUAGCUGGCGCCCUACAUGGCACACGAGGCUUCAGCAAGGAGAACUAUGAUACUUUGAUCACGAAAUGCGCCUUACAUGGCAGCAAGCUUCUCAAGAAACCAGAUCAAUGUCGCGCUGUCUAUCUAGCCAGUCAUCUAUGGUGGGCGGUCGAGAUCCCUGCGAAGGGCGAGGAAGACGCCAAAAACCUCUACCGCGACGGUAAACGAGUCCUCGAGUGUCUUCAACGUGCCCUUCGAGUCGCAGAUGCAUGCAUGGAUACCGCCGUCUCAGUCGAGCUCUUUGUCGAAAUUCUAAACCGAUACGUCUAUUACUUUGAUCAGGGGAACGAGACAGUUACGACCAAAUACAUCAACGGCCUGAUCGAGCUAAUCCACUCCAAUCUGCAAACGAACGAACAGACGUCUAGUCUUGAGGCGCCGCGGAAACACUUCCAAAGGACGCUUGACUAUAUCAAGAGUAGAGAAUACGAGGGUGUUGUUACUGAGGCAAAGACGUAG